UGUCAUCCCCAGGUGAGGCUGCAGCCGACGUCGGGUCACGGGCGGCUGAGUUAGCGACCGGAGCUUUGCACAGGUGUUCGCGAGAGACGUGAUGUUGUGGUGAGGUGGAGUCGCAGGAGCAAGCGGAGUGAGCAGGGGCGCCGCCCCUCCCCCUACACAGCACAGGAGCGUUGACCCGAGCACCAUGUGGCCCUCCACAGUGGCCCUGAUGGCGGCGGUGGCGGUGGCGGUAGCGGUGACGGCGGGACGCGCCGCGGCCGCCGCCCCGGACCUGGAACCCGAGCUCGACGUCCUGGUCAACCCGUCGCCGCCGGCCACGGCCGCCGUCGUCACCGAGGAUACGCGCGUCCUGCAGGAGCUGCCGGGCUCGCAGGGCACCAUCAACAACAACAGCAACAACAGUAACAACAACAACAACAGCAGCAACAAUAACAAGAAGAAGGAGCGAAGGAGGAAGAAGAACCGCAUGCAGGCGACGGAGGCCCCGCUGGCGCCGACGCGCGAAGAGGCCGUGGAGGACGCGGUGGCGGAGGCCACGGGGCGCGGCCGGACGGAGGAGGAGGCAGAGGAGGAACUGGAGGGCAGAGGCGCGGAGGGCCCCGCCGAGGGCGCCGCGGGAGGAGCGGCGGCCGGAGCCGAAACGGAGGCCCCGGGCGAGGCGGAGGCGGAGGCGACGGCGGCGGCGGAGCUGUCCAAAGCGCGCAUCGCCUACAGCCAGCCCUGGCUCAACAAGACGUACCGCGCGCGCGACGCCUUCAACGCCCGCGGAAUGGAGCACCUGUACCUCAUCACCAACCUGUUCCUCGACCUCGUGCACCGCGAGGAGGAGGUCCCCGAAGAGCUGAG